AUGAAGAACAUCGGAUACCCAGAGGUUAGAGCAGGAAUCUCCAACCCUGCUCCUGGAGAGCUGCAUGCUAUUCUGCAGACUUCAGCUUAUCUCUCUGUAGAUCCCUGCUACAACUACACUGUGCUGGACAAUCCAUGGAGAGCCAUCAGUAAUACACAUGCUUCAGUCCUGAACUGUGACAAAUAUGUCACCUGGAGUGGCUGGUAUCGUCUCUUCAUUAACAGUCUGAGCGCUUAUAUCCCACAGAUGUGUGUUGCAAGGUAUAGCUGUGGAACAGAUAUUGCGCUGUGGAUUCAUGGUGGACACCCAACAGUACAGGAUGGAGUCGUCACUCGAGAUGUCUGCGGUAACUUGUACAGUUACUGCUGCUAUUACGGGUCUUACCCCAUUAAAGUUAAAGCCUGUCCAGGCAAUUAUUAUGUCUAUGAGCUGGUUAGACCAACAGAAUGCAGUUUUGCAUACUGUGCAGAUGUUGGCAGCGUUAACACCAGCUCUACAGCCGUCACACCAGCGACCAUCUCAACUGCUAAUCUGUCUGACCCCUGCCUCAACUAUACUGUGUUGGACGAAGCAAGGAGAGCCAUCAAUAAUACAUAUGCUUCAGUCAAAAUGUAUGAUUGCUCCGUCAACUGGACCGGCUGGUAUCGUCUCUUCCUUGACGGUCUGAGCGCUCAGAUUCCAGACACGUGUGUUGCUCAGUAUAGCUGUGGUACUGAUAUCGCACUGUGGAUUCGUGGUGGACACCCAACAGUACAGGAUGGAGUCGUCACUCGAGAUGUCUGCGGUUACGCUGGCAGUUACUGCUGCUAUUACGGGUCUUACCCCAUUAAAGUCAAAGCCUGUCCUGGAAAUUAUUAUGUCUAUGAGCUGGUUAGACCUACUAAAUGCAGUGCAGCCUACUGUGCAGCUGUUACUAACAUCAGCAGCACCAGUUCAACAGUCACACCAGAGACGAGCCCAGCUGAUCUGCAGAUUGAGCUUUGA